AUCUUCCAAGGCUCAUCAAAACUUGACGGUGACGCAGUUUGCCAGUUUGUGCGUGCACUGUGUCAAGUAUCAAUGGAAGAGUUGUCAGCGGCUGGCAAUCCGAGAAUGUUUAUGUUGCAGAAGAUCGUUGAGAUAUCUUUUUACAAUAUGGGCAGAAUUCGAUUGCAGUGGUCAAGAAUAUGGGCAAUUUUGGGUGAACAUUUCAAUAAGGCGGGUUCGAAUGCGAAUGAAAUGAUCGCGCAUUUUGCUGUUGACGCAUUGCGACAGCUUUCGAUGAAAUUCUUGGAACGAGGCGAAUUGCGGAACUUUAGGUUCCAGAAGGAUUUCUUGAGACCGUUCGAAAUUAUUAUGAAUAAGAACAGGUCGUUGAAAUGUCGUGAAUUAGUGGUAGCGUGUAUGACGCAUAUGGUUAAUAGUCACUGGAAUAAGAUCAUAUCGGGAUGGAAGAAUGUCUUUUCGGUAUUCACGAUGGCUGCUGGUAGCACUGAUGAGGACAUUGUCGAGAGUGCGUUCACCACUACAAACUAUAUUAUUGGUUCUGGAAAGAACUAUGGCCCGAAAGAUAGUUCAGACUUGUUGCGAAGCAAUCGGCAGUCAUUCGAUGCACGGUAUUGUCUGCAUUAUGCAAGUGAUUAUUGCCCAUAUGCUUUCAGGAGUUUGACGGUAAUGUUCGAAAUAAUGAAAACGUACGGCAAUGAAUUCAAAGAUGAAUGGUGGAAGGAUUUAUUCCAAGUUGCAUUCCGAAUAUUCGAUGUGAUGAAACUGGCCGAAGAGCAAAAUGAAGUAAUUUAUUAUGUUAGUAGCCGUUGUUUUGAAGAACUUUGGAAUGAAAAUUUUGCGUUCAAGAAACGAGAAUGGAUGCGGACCACAUGCAAUCAUGCACUGUACGCAGUUGUGGACGUGUUCACACAGUACUAUCCAGUCUUGUCGAAUAUUCUACUUACAAAUAUAUAUGACCAAUUAUAUUGGUGUGCACAACAAGAAAAUGAACAAUUGGCACGAUCAGCAAUAAAUUGUAUCGAGAAUUUGUUGUUGUUGAAUGGGUCACGAUUCACGCCGAAAAUGUGGGAGGAAACGGUCACAUUGAUAGUGAAUAUCUUCAAAUCCACGCUUCCGCAUUCCUUGUUAACAUGGGAGCCGAACGCAAUCAUCACAUCAAUACCACUGCAAAAUGGUAACACGAAUAGCGAUAGCAUUGAGAAUCUCUCCACCAACGACCAAAUCAAUAAUGAGUCUGCACCACCGUAUAUCACACAAAUAACGGCAAGUAACAGUGAUGCAAUAUUCUCGUCACUAUUGGUGCGUUGUAUGGUACAGUUGGAACUGGUCGAUGCUGUUAAUAGUAUUGUGUUCGGACGAUCUGCAUCACGGAAUGAAGAUAUAACUGCAUUACCGUCGUUGAGUGCUUCAUCAACAAUGAAUUUGCAAACGGUAUCACCGCAACGAAAUGCCAUUUUGAAUGGUUCUUCGAGCGUGCAAAAUAACACUAAUAAUAAUAAUAAUGAGUCAUCGUACGGCAUUAAUGAUUAUUCGGACAAUGCCGACAGCACUAUCGAUGGUCUUUAUUCGCGUAUGGGUGAGUUUUAUGAUUUUGUUGAGCGAUCGGUUAGCAAGAGUUGGUCUUUUUGGUCUCUACGUUAUGUUUGGUUUGUUGAUUCUGUAAGGUUUGUUUUUUUGUUUGCAGAUGUGAAGCAGUUGUUGAGUUUGGUUGACUGUUUAUUGGAUUCACAUUCGCUAGCGAAGCAGUUCAAUGGUAAUAACGCACAACGCACACUGCUUUGGAAAGCCGGUUUCAAAGGUAUCACUUUCAUGACGAGUGUUCAUGAGAAAACAUUGAUAGAUCUCAUAGAAUUGGAAAUAUUCAUUCCAGGUAGAAGUAAACCGAACCUACUCCGUCAAGAAACGCACAGUUUGCGAUCAGCGCUGUGCAUUCUGUUUCGGAUAUACACCGAUGUUGACCGCACAGACGAACAGCAGAAGUCGGAUAUUCGUGAACGUUUGAUCAGGUGUGUGUGUGUGCUGAGUUUCGCAUUUUUCUACUUCGAUUCUCGAUGA